ACCGUUAUCAAGUAAUCGAAUAAGAUUACCUAUACGUAGUCUGGAUUACGUCCAUGAGUGGCGCUAAUAGAAGUAACACAUAAUCCUGGAACGUGGCUGGAUAUUGUCAUCCCGAUAAACUUCUGAAUUUUCCCUGAGGACUGCACAAGGUAAAUAUCUUGCAAGAUGAUAAAUUAUUACGGUGCAUCAAAAUCUCUGAUAUUCCAUUGAAUAAAAAACAUCCCUGAAAUUUGUCUAUCAACGAUCAUGUGCGUCAUCGUCCUCUGGAUUCUAGCUCCGAAAUUCUACGUACACGUUUUCGCUGAUAAAACCAGCGACGCGACGUCGAGUCGCAUGUCAUGGAACGGCGCGAAAUUCUAAUUAUAAUUGUUCGAAUCUAAUCUCACGUUCAAUGAUAAAUAAACUCUUAAGCGAGCUAUGUUUAUAAAUAGAAUUUAAUUUUUAUGAAUAUUUCGAAAGUUUGGAAUUAAAAACGAUGCUGAUUAGGAACUCUAACGAUAAACUUUCCGUGCGUUAUUUCAGAUGGAAAUAUGUAUCGACAGCAUAGAAUCUGCUAAGAACGCAGAGAAGGGCGGAGCGAUUCGUUUGGAAGUUUGUUCGGCCCUCUCCGAGGGUGGUUUGACUCCAACACCAGGGUUGAUAAAAUCUCUCCGUAAAGUAGUGAAGAUUCCAUUGUUCGCAAUGAUAAGGAUUCGCGGUGGGAAUUUCGUUUAUACUAAAGAUGAAAUCGACGGGAUGUUGUACGACAUAGAAAUACUGAAAGAUCUCGGUGUCGAGGGUUUCGUCUUCGGCGCUCUGACUCGAGACUCCGAAAUCGAUCAAGAAACGAACAGAAAAAUAAUCGAGGCAGCUUCUCCUUUGCCAGUGACCUUCCAUCGAGCAUUCGACGAGGUCAAUUCCAACCCGAUAUUGACGGUACGAUCGAUUUCCCAGCUCGGAUUUAAGCGGAUUCUUACUUCCGGUCAGAAAUCAAGCGCCGAAGAAGGACUGGAUCUGAUAAAAAGUCUCGCUACGACCGCGCCUCCCGGGCUAACGAUAAUGCCUGGUGCCGGAAUAAAUCUGGAAAACAUAAAAAAAAUUAAAGAACAAUUGCCAAAAUGCCGAGAAUUUCACGCGUCAGCCAGAAAACCGAAAUCUCAGAAUAGAGGAACCAGACUCAAAAUGGGAACUGAAAAAGACCCCGGUAACAUCAUGGUCGCCGAUACUGAAACGAUUCGACAAAUGGCGACCAUCGUUAGCAGGAAUUGAAGAAAAAAAUCAAACUGCUGGCGUGAAUGAAAUUAUGAUUUUUAUUAUCCGUUAAUCGCCGUUAAUGAAUUUAUUUUCAUGAAAAAAAAAAAAAAAAUAUAUGGAUCAUAUCCGUCGCAUAUUACAGAGCUUAUCGACGAUAUAACCUUCGGACAUAUGUAAUACUUUUUUUUUCCAUGUAACCUUAGUGUCGCACGUGUUGAAUGCACAAAAUCUGCUUGUUAAGUAAAUAAUUUUUAAGAAUUACAUCUUUUUUUAUAACUACUUCGAUUAAAUAGUUUUAAUGCAACGUCCGUGUUAACUAUACUUCCCACAUUAGCUGGUAUAAUAUGCACUGUAUCUGGAAUAUAACUAUCUUAAUAAAUUUUUUACUCCUGUCUUUGAACAUUA